AUUGUAUGCUUAUAGAGUCAACUCUCAAUUCUACAUUCUAAAGUGUUGUAAUUAUACUAACAAAAGUUUCGCAUAAUGGCACGGAGGUAUGAUACACGUACAACGAUCUUUUCACCGGAGGGACGUUUAUACCAAGUAGAAUAUGCUAUGGAAGCUAUUAGUCAUGCGGGUACUUGCCUUGGUAUCCUAGCAAAUGAUGGGAUUUUACUUGCUGCAGAAAGGCGUAACACUAAUAAACUUUUGGAUGAAGUAUUUUUCUCUGAAAAAAUUUAUAAGCUAAAUGAUGAUGUUGUUUGUUCUGUUGCUGGAAUAACGUCAGAUGCAAAUGUAUUAACAAAUGAAUUGCGCCUUAUAGCGCAACGUUAUUUUCUGCAAUAUGGAGAACCAAUUCCAUGUGAACAACUUGUUUCUUGGCUUUGUGAUGUAAAACAAGCAUAUACUCAGUAUGGUGGGAAAAGACCUUUUGGAGUUUCAAUUUUAUAUAUGGGAUGGGAUAAACAUUAUGGAUACCAAUUAUAUCAGUCAGAUCCAAGUGGAAAUUAUGGUGGAUGGAAAGCAACUUGUAUUGGAAAUAAUGCAGCUGCAGCAGUGUCAUCAUUAAAACAAGAGUACAAGGAUGGAGAAACAACGCUGAAGGAUGCUAUGGCAUUAGCUAUAAAAGUACUUUCGAAGACCUUAGAUAUGAAUAAAUUGUCUUCGGACAAAGUUGAAAUGGCCACAUUAACGAGAGAAAAUGGUAAAACGAAGACAAGAAUUCUUUCUGCAAGUGAAGUUGAUGCUUUAAUUGCAGAGUACGAUCGUUUAGAAGCACUCGCUGAACAAGCCAAGAAAGAGAAACAGAAAUUAUAGAAAGGAAAUAUAUGCCUUAUAUUUUCUCCUAUGCAUUUUUGUUUCGAAAAUAUCAUAGAAAUCAAUGUUGAACGGGAAACACAAUAAGAAGCAAAUGAAAGGAUAUAUUUAACUAGUAAUAAUAAAAGAAUAAACAUUUUUUAUGUCCNNCUAAUUACGUCUUUUUCAUCAACAUUUACAGAAUAGAAUUUAACUAUUAUUUCUCCGAUAAUUUAACUUAUUCCUUAUAAGUGAUUAUAUCUCUAAUUAUGUAGGAGUGUCUCAUUGAUGUCUUUCAGUUUUUGCAUAGAAGAUAUAGCAAUAAUAUACGUUUACAAAAUCAUACACUUGAUUCUAAGCAUUUCAUGGAUUAUAUAAUUGCAGUUGCAAUAAUAUUUAUAUUCUUCUGUAAGAGUUGAGAAAAUAAAUUUAUAAUUUAAUUUCA